GCAGACUGCAAACUGAAACUUUCAUCGCUCAGUUAGUAAGUUAUUUCGAAGAAAACUGCGCGGUCGCUGUCAAAUUUGGGACGAUUCGUGGGACUAACAUGUGAUAUUCGUAAUCUAGUGAAUAUUUCCUAGUUUGUUUUCGAAAACCCGAACGAAAUGUACGCGAAAAGUGACAGUUUUUCAAGGAUUUUACUCGUGCUGUCGAUUGUUGGAUGCAUACACAAGUCAUGUAGCCAACUGAUCGAAACGGAUUUCCUGCCACAAGUCUCAGCCACUUGCAAAGCCGGUCAUAUGAACAUCAAAGUGAACUUCAACAGUUCCUUCAGUGGUACUGUCCACGCGCGGGACUUCCGCACUUCAUCCUGUAUGAAAAAUGGCGACGGAUCCAAGAUGGUCAAUCUUGACAUCAACCUUUUAGCUCAAGCAGGAGCUCCAGAUUACUGCGGACUUCUGGUGAACAAUAAAACAGAAGAACGUUCUGUGCCCAUAGCAGUCCGAAUCCACCGCACUCUCGAGCUGGCAGACGACAAAUUCUACGUCAUUACUUGUGGUAAAGCAGGCUUCAGGAACGCGAGGAACGAAACGUCUCUGGUUUCUCUUCGGCUCCUUGACGACAACAGGAAGAUCACGGAAGCAGUUAUCCAUCGUCCUUAUACACUUCGAACUGAACUAUCAAGGCCGGAUGGCACAUACGGAUUCAGGGUUAAAAACUGUUUUGCCUUCAACAAACUCAAUGACAGUGUCCCACUCAUCGAUGAGAGGGGCUGCCCAGUAGACAAAAAUAUCCUAGGACCGUUCACCUAUGACGAGAAGAAUGGAAUCGCAAAUGCACCUCUUAAAUCUAUGUUCAGAUUUCCUGAAAGUUCUGAAGUGCAUUUCCAGUGUGACGUGGGCCUCUGUAAAGGCAGCUGCUUGAUCCCCUCCUGCUCUGGGGACCUGCUCCAAUCGCGCGCCCUGAACAACGACGAAGGCAUCCUCAUGGCUGCUACCAGCGUCUUCGUCGUGGAGCCGACCGACGCUCCUCGAAUCCAGGAGCUCUGCGAUGAGACGGGUGCACGUCCCUCCUGGCUGCUGUGGCUGUGCGUAGCGCUGGGGAUUCUCUUCCUGCUCAUGCUCAUCAUCAACAUCUUCCUGUGUUCAGCUAUGACUUGCGCCUGCGCCAGGACGGAGAUCAUCGAGAAGGAACCCAGUAUCAUCGAGGAUUAUGAUCCGUACAGGAGUUGGCAUGGGAGUCAGUACGGUUCCAGGUAG